AUGGCCCAGGCUCGCCCGGGUGGCAUGCUCUAUGGGCGCCAGUUCGGCAAUGAUACUUGGUCGGACUGGUCUGGAACAAGUACAACGACGAGCUUGGCCGUAGAGGAGGUUUCCACCAGCAGUGCGACAACGCCGACGACGACGACAACCACCACCGCUUUGGCCAUUAGUGCUGUCACCAGUGCUUCCACGACCUCUGCAUCGAACACAACCGGUGAAACCUGGGUUGAUUGGACGAGCUCGUUGACGAGCUCCAUCACGUCCAGCCCUUCUCCGGUUGAUUUAGCUGUCAGCCCGACUGCAGCCAGCAAUGAUACUUGGAGUGAUUGGGAAGCCCCAACAACCACGGUCACGUCGAGCGAGACACCAGUGGUCAGCACCACGGUGGAAGAGUCUACCAUGACCUUGACCUUGGGCGUCGGUAAUUCAGCGUCGGUAGUGACAACCACCAUCCGCAUGAGCAAGACCUUUACCCUCACCAGCACCAUAUAUGCUACCAUAACCAAGCCAUCAAGUGGUUUGGAGGGUGCAACCGCGGUGAACGACGUAGCUGCUGAGACGGCGAUACCUCCCACAACGUCCAUCCUGGAGACUCCCAUCACCGAAACGCUUACCGUUGUGCCUCUACCAACCGGAACGGCAGGCGAAGUUGCUGUUGGUGCAACUGGUUCGGGGUCUGGUGCGUGUGGUGUCGCUUAUGUGACCGUCACGGAGGUGGUACAGAGCACCAUCACCGUCACAGCCAGCCCGACCGAGAUCAAGCCCAUCCAGUCCACGGCACCGAGCUAUUGGUUUAGUAAUGGGACCGAGUCGACAACCGGACAGGAGUUCGCCAGCUCCGGGUUCCUCACGGUGUCCACCUACGCUACCCCUACGGGAUGGAAACCAUGA